AAAUUCACAGUCCCUUAAAAUUGGAUAAUGAGCGGGUUUUUGCAGCAGACAGCAACCGGAAGACGGCAGACGCUGAGGCAAUGAUACUCUUGGGGCGCCACUCCAUCUCAGAAUAGCUGCCAAAACGAAUCCGGGCAUAUCUCAGCAUUCCGACAUCCAGCAGCAGCCAAACGUAAGCAAUGGCAUCUAAGCACGACCUCGUUGAUCACUGCUCCAGCCUGUUGGAACUGUCCUGGAACUUGGGCCAUCGGCCCCGCGUUGAAGGCGGAAAUAACGAAUACUGCCAGGGACACUGCUACCAUGGGCCCCCACAAUUCCAUCCGCAUGUGGAGCACAAUUACUACAAUCCGACGUUUAACGCAAACAACGAUCUGCGACCUUGUAAUGGCUGCAAGAAUGCCACGGCAAGGAAAUCAUCUCCACCCAAGGCUAAGGACAGUGUCAGAAGCAGAUGCAGACCGCCCAAUGAUCUGCGACCCAAGUUUCCUGUAAACGUUCACUGUCCUUUCUACGAUAAUUCGCCGGACGUGAGGCUUGGUCCAACCCAUGCGCGAGAAUCACCUACAGAGAUAGACGACAUGGUUUGUGAUACGACUCCGACUAGAGACGGAGAGCCGAACGAUCUGAGAACUUGCGCUUGCCACAACUAUGCCGCGCCAGGGGAGGCAGCUCCUACUUUUAGAGAGGAUAAGGACAGGAUGGGAAGAAGAGAGCCCCCAUGCCCUUCUACGGCAAGAGGCGGCCCAAGCAAAUGCCAGGCUUGCAACGUGGAAGAGGUCGACUCGGGUACGGGGAUCAGGUGCGGAUACAGCCAUCGCCAUGACCCCCUAUACUUUGAUCCCCUCAGCUACAAGUCCGGGGGGAACAGGAGAAGGAGUAAAGCUACCAAAACCAUCUGUGUCCCUCCCCCGUCAUACCCUGAAUGCCCGGCCCAGAAGAAGCCCCAGCAGCGUCAAUGCCCCGAUAAGACAGUCCAAUAUCGGGAUACCCGCAGUGAUGGGGCUGCGUGCGUCUCUACCUGCCCCGGCCGUGUGCGAUGUUCCAGUCGUUGUAGGGAUAACCGUCCUCUGGGACGAAUAGCAAUACGGGUCAAAUGCCCAUCCGGCAGCCGCUCACGGCGCCCGUUUGCAGUACGCUCCCGUUGCCCGUUGGAGCCCAAAGUCUGCACUCCAAAGUCCCCAAAGAAAUCUUCCGCACGCUGCUCAAAAAAGCGUCAGACGGACUACGUUGCUCAGAGGCCAUGUAAGAAGAUAAUCAAAAGGAAUCCCUUUGCCGUAUGCCGGGACAGCUCUCAAAUAGAUGACAUUCUGCCCCACGAGGAGUAUCUAGAUAAAUACGAGCGAAACUGGAAACAUAGGGGCAAUUCAUGUGCAGGGAAUAGGAGCACACGCGGGAGGAAUUCCAGUGCCGGGCAACAUCGAUACUCUGAAAUGCAGGAAAACCGCGAUAAUCGCGGCUAUCCAGGCGGGACUUGUCCAAGGAAAUGUCCGAACUACGCCUCUGACGAGACGAUGGUGGAGCAGCAGGAGAAAUACCAUUGCUAUCGCUCUCCAGAGGAAGGGGCAUGUUCACGGCGCCACACGUCCAAGAAGAGACCCAAGAAAAGGGCCAUUGCGGGUCCCUGCUGCCGAAUCUGCGGCCAAUGCGGAUUUAUGCCGACGAAUCCGCGAGGGUGCAUCGGCCUGAUCUGCCGGGUGAAAUCCAAGCGAUCGACUGCCGGGAGUGGCCCAAAAGGAAAACUAAUCAUUCUGCCGCAUUCCCAAACGAACAAGUUAACGACCAUCUACAGGUCGUUGGGACCGCCACUUCCUAGGCGCCGAGUGUGCCGUUCCCGCACCAAGUCCUGCAAGAGCAGCUAUUUUCCGGAAGCUCCAAACAUCUGCCGCCUCCGCGUUCGCUAUGUUGACCCUGAGCCCGAACGUUGCCAAGGGGGCAGAAAUGGAUCAGUGGGAGAAAUCAGAAAUCGCGUCAGACCCCGCGGAACAUCCGUUGCAGAGGCGCCUUCUGUGACGCCUCAAAGGCACGCCUCCAUCCCAAGACAAACUUCUGCAUCGGCCCGACACGCGCCCUCGGUUCACAGACAUUCGAAUCAGGGACGAAGUGGUGCUGCUAGUCCAAGUCGCUUGCCUCCCAACCAAUCGACGACCAGACGCUCCCCUCAACAGCCGCAGGCCCGACACUCAGGGCAGCCGCAGGCCCAGGCACACCCCCGACAUUCCCAGAAGCCGCAGGCACAGGCACGAUACUCACAGCAGCAUCGGGAACAUCUCAGUCCAAGUCACCUUGAAGGCCGAAUGUUUACCGCUUCAGUAAACCAAUCACUACCCAGUAUCGUACGUCCAAUUCCAGUUAAUCCCAGAUCAGCGCCGUCCCGAUCGUUCACACCGAGAAUACCAAGCCCACAGCGACUCCAAGCGCCAGCGAAUCAAACAGGAGAAGAGAAGCCACGUCCUAGCAGAGCACAAAAUCAAGGGCAAAGCCCCACCAGAACACAUUAUCAAGAAACAGGUCCCACAAGGCCACCAAAUGAGAAUCGAGGGGCCACCAGGCCACACCAUCAAGAGCCCGGUCCUACGAGGCCACAAAAUCAAGGCCGAAGCCCCGACAGGUCGCAACAUCCAGAGGCAGGUCCCGCUAAGCCACAAAAUGAAAACAGAGGCGCAACCAGACCGCAGCAUCAGGAGCCAGGUCCGUCGAAGCCGCCAAAUAAGGAUCGUCGUGACAGCAAGCCCCACCAUUCGAGUCCAAGACAGCCGUCAACACCACCAUCAGCCCAUGAUCUUGGUCGCGAGAGUAGGGGACCAGCUGCCUUCUAUCGCGGCAGCUUUCUGAGAGUCCGCGAAUCGCACGAGCACUUGAAUGAAAGCAGCCGCGGCCCCGUGUAUCGAAGGGAACCGAUUAGCCAUUCGCGUGGCAGCACCCGACCCGGAGUGCUGUUGAAUCCGGACUCCCAGUCGGUGCUGGAAACGAGGACGUGGCCGAGAAUGAUGCAAGGAUACCAUGGUUACCUCUUCGGUGGCCCCAACAUCAAGAGUCCGGGCGGUUGGAGCUGGCGCAGGAUGCUGGGUAGCUAUCUGAAGAGGAGAAGUUCCAAAAUCUAG